CGUAUUUAAAGCACAUACAUAUAUGCCGCCUUUCCUACAGAAAAUUCUUGCCUAAAGAUGCUAGCCAAAACCCACCAUGUCAAUAUUCUAACAAGUUUCCGUUCGCCGGCGAAACUAACUCCGGUUGUAGCGCACCGGUUUAGGCCGCCAUCGCAUGCCAUAUCCAUCCCCACAUCAAGUAGCCAUGUUUCAAGCCCUUCAGCCAUAGAUGUUCUCGAUGAAUCCGUGGCUGCAUUUUGGGACUACCAGUUCCUAUUUGUGUCGCAACGCUCCGAGGCAGCCAAACCCAUAACUCUUCCCGUUGUCAACGGUGCAAUACCACACGACUUUCCCUCCGGCACGUAUUAUUUGGCCGGGCCGGGGCUUUUCGCCGACGACCAUGGCUCGACGGUGCACCCGCUGGAUGGCCACGGUUACCUCAGGGCCUUUACGUUUGAUGAGGUGUCUAGGGAGGUCAAGUUCAUGGCUAGGUACGUGAAGACCCAUGCUCAGGUGGAGGAGCACGACCCUGUGACCGACACGUGGCGGUUCACCCACCGGGGCCCAUUUUCGGUGUUGAAAGGAGGACGCAAGGUUGGUAAUACCAAGGUGAUGAAAAAUGUGGCUAAUACUAGCGUGUUGAGGUGGGGAGGGAGGGUACUGUGUUUGUGGGAAGGUGGGGAGCCAUAUGAGAUUGAAUCUGGGACGUUGGAUACGGUUGGGAGGUUUGAUGUGAUGGACGGUUGUGAUUCGUUGCCGGAAAGUGGAAAGAAUAGUGGUGAUAUAUGGGACGUAGCUGCCGGCCUGUUGAAGCCACUUUUGUAUGGAGUAUUUAAAAUGCCUCCAAAACGACUGUUAUCUCAUUAUAAGAUCGAUGCUCGCAUGAAUAGACUUCUUACAGCCUCAUGCAAUGCAGAGGAUAUGCUACUGCCGCGCAGUUCUUUUACGUUUUCCGAAUUUGAUUCAGACUUCAAGCUGUUGAAGAAGCAAGAGUUCAACAUCCCUGAUCACAUAAUGAUCCAUGAUUGGGCCUUCACGGAAACUCAUUAUAUACUAUUCGCCAAUCGCAUUAAGCUUGAUGUUAUAGGUUCAAUGGCGGCAGUGGGUGGAAUAUCCCCAAUGAUAUCAGCAAUAUCAGUGAACCCUAGUAAACAAACAUCUCCCAUAUAUUUGCUUCCUCGAUUUCCAGAUGAAUUUGGGGAAGAAGGUCGAGAUUGGAGAGUGCCCGUUGAAGCUCCUUCACAGUUUUGGUUGCUCCACGUUGGCAAUGCUUUUGAGGUUAAGGAUCUCAAUGCCAAUUUACACAUCCAAAUACAAGCCGUCACUUGCUCCUACCACUGGUUCAACUUUCAUAAAGUUUUUGGUUAUAAUUGGCAAAGCGGUAAGCUAGACCCUUCAACUAUGAACGUAAAUGAAGGUGAAAAUGAGUUCCUACCUCAUCUUGCUAAGGUAUGUAUUCAACUAGACGCUGAUGGGAAGAGCCAAAAAUGUAGUGUGGAGGCCAUGAAUGAAUGGGAAAGGUCAUCAGAUUUCCCUGUAAUAAACCCAGCCUUCUCUGGGAGCAAAAACACAUACAUUUAUGCAGCAACUUCUUCUGGGUCUCGCCCAACGUUACCACAUUUUCCGUUUGAUAGUGUGGUGAAGCUCAACUUGUUAAACAAUUCUGUCCGUACAUGGUCCGUCGGUAGCCGGAGAUUUAUCGGCGAGCCGAUUUUCGUUGCCAAAGGGGAUGAAGAAGACGAUGGAUACCUUCUUGUGGUUGAGUAUGCGGUUUCAAUACAGAGGUGCUAUCUUGUGAUUCUGGAUCCUAAGAGGAUUGGAGAAGACGAUGCACUCGUAGCAAGACUUGAAGUCCCCAAGAACCUGAAUUUUCCUCUUGGCUUUCAUGGCUUUUGGGCCUCUGAUGACAAGUAAUUUUAUUUGCUUGCUAUAAAUAAAAAAACAUUUCCGUUGGCUCCGGAUGCAUUUGAACGGGAGAGGAGCCGGCCGAUUCAUGUAAACAGAAGGACAAAAUUAUCAUUUCACAUUAUUGGCUCUUCUCACCAAUUCAUUUAAAUUGAAAAAAAAAUAUCCAAAUUCCAUGCAGAAGGGCUAGUCAUGUUCUUUAAUAGAUUGAGACUUUUAUCUUCUUGUACAGUCUCAAUAUUGUUAGUGUUAAUAUGAAAUUAUUUCUUUCUUUGGUCUGAA